AGUCAGACUACUUAAACCAAUGCAAUGUUAAAAAAAAAAAACAUGUAGGGCCGGAUGCACUCACUUUCGCCAAAAGUUUGCAAAAUGAGUUUUUUUUCUUCAGUGUAACAUACAAUUAAUCGCUCGUUUGCAUCUUUGUUUACAUUUGUGACGUCACAUGGGCUGGGUUAUAUUUGUAUUUGUACUGUGGAAGUGGGUAUUUUGAAACACAUCUCAUCACAUGUGUGUUUACUAUUAGGAUUUUCCCUAGCUUCUUCAUUUAUAAAAGUCUGGAUACAUGUCAUGAGUUUAGUUUAUGCUGAUGGGAAUACUAGAGAGUAGACUAGUUUUAUUGUUGAACAUGGAUAUUUAAAUUAAAAACUGACCAAUUAUUGAACAAUUACACAUGACACAGAGGACAUAGCAGUGUCAACAAUAAUUGAACAAUUACACAUGACACAGAGGACAUACCAGUGUCAACAAUAAUUGAACAUUUACACAUGACACAGAGGACAUACCAGUGUCAACAACCAGAAAAAAUGGCAACUUUUUGGGAUCAGUUUAAAAUUCUUAUGUGGAAGAAUAUUUUACUGAAGAAGAGAAAUAAAAAACAAGUAGCACAGGAAAUUCUGUAUCCAUUAUACUUUAUUGCCAUUCUGAUAUUGAUAAAGGCUUUCAACAAAGGCACAGAAAAACCAAGGAUAAGUGACUUCCCAGCAUACUCAAUGACUAAUGCUAAAUUUUUAGAACGAAACUUUUUUAAUGGAAAAUACAUUCUGAUAUCGCCAGACACUUCUACUUCACAUUCUAUGGCCAAUGAAACGAUUAAAGUUUUUGAAGAAAUGGGUAAUAUAACAUCUGGUCAAGGUCCGUCUCUUAUGUAUUUCACUGAUAAAACAGCAAUGGAUGACUACUAUGAAGCUAAUACAGAUAAUGUUGCUGCCGGUAUCAUCUUUGAAUAUUCAGGGGGAGAUAAUUACUCGUAUGCAUUGAGAUUCCCUUCAACGAAAGUUCCUGGCACAGGAUCUUGGACUUCUAGUGCUGGACAGUGCCGAGAUGGAGAUGGAUUGGAUCAAUCUAACUGUGAUGUUAACCAGUAUUUAAAUCCAGGAUUCUCAUUGCUACAGUUAGCUAUAGACACAGUUUUAAUUAGGAUGGACUAUCCUUCCUACCCAUUACCAGAUGUAACUGUUGAGAUGUUACCAAAGCCAUCCUACAAACCAGAUUCGACGUACAUCCAAGUGAUAUCGUCAAUAUACUUUGUCUUAGCAUACUCUCCAUUUGUUAAUUUUCUCACUGUGCAUCUUGUAGCAGAGAAAGAGAAAAAGAUAAAAGAAGGGAUGAAAAUGAUGGGUUUACGAGAUUCUGCUUUUUGGCUUUCCUGGGGACUUUUGUACCUUAUUUACAUCACUAUUGUUACCGUAGUAACAGUAAUAUUGGCAUAUGUCAGCGGAUUUUUUGUCAGCAGUAAUGUUUUCUUGUUUUUCCUGAUUCUGAUGUUUUACGGACUUUCUAUUAUUUCUUUUGCCUGUCUUUUAACACCAUUCUUUAACAAGGCACAAACAGCGGGAGGCGUGGCCAGUUUAUUUGUGAUGUUGUUAAGCUGUUUGUACUUGGUUGUUAGUUUGACGAGAGAGAUUAAAGAAGAUGGUUCUGUGACAUAUUCCAUUCCGGCAGUAGCCAGGGGAUUUAUGUGUCUAAUUUCACCAUGCUGUGUGUCAUUAGCUAUUGAUCAGGCAGUGUUUUUGGAUAUAACAGUUGGAAUGGAUUUUAAGACUGCCGGACAAGGAGACUUUCCACUCUAUAUUCCAAUGUUCAUGUUACUUUUUGAUAGUGUUUUAUACUUUGUCUUGGCCAUGUAUCUUGAUAAUGUCAUACCAACUGAAUAUGGUGCCAAAAAGCCACCGUAUUAUAUCUUUAUGAAAUCCUACUGGUGUCCAGGUACCAGAGAAGUUGAUUAUGAUGAAAUGGAUGAAGAUUAUGAUGCCUUAUUUGGUAAUGAUGUGGAGAAAGUCACCACUGAUAUGAGACAGCAUACAGGAGUCAGAAUUUUAAACCUAACAAAAGAAUUCAGUGGAAAAGAAGAAACAGUCACUGCAGUAAAUAAAUUGUCUCUAGAAAUGUACACAGGUCAGAUUACAUGUUUGCUUGGACAUAAUGGAGCUGGCAAGACAACACUUUUCAACAUGUUAUCUGGUCUGGUAUCACCAACAAGGGGAACAGCGAAAGUGUUAGGUUUGGACAUAAAUAACCCAGGAGAUAUGUUGAAGAUCAGACAAAAAACAGGGGUCUGUCCACAGCACAACAUUCUGUUUGACAAAUUGACAGUCAUUGAACAUCUUAAAUUGUUUGCUGGAAUUAAAGGAACCAAAAAAGAUAAUAUGAUGAAAUCAAUAAAGCAGAUAUUAAAUGAUGUUGGAUUACUUGAUCAAGAUGAUACAUUUGCAUUAAACCUUAGUGGUGGACAGAAGAGGAAGUUAUCUGUAGCUAUUGCUCUGAUUGGGGAUCCCAAGAUUGUGUUUCUGGACGAGCCUACUGCAGGAAUAGAUCCGUUUUCAAGACGCCAUCUAUGGUCUGUCCUGAAAGAAAAGAAGAAAGGUCGUGUUAUACUUCUGACAACACAUUUCAUGGAUGAAGCAGAUAUUUUAGCUGACAGGAAAGCUUUCAUCAGUAAAGGACAACUUAGGUGCUGUGGUUCAUCACUUUUCUUAAAGAACAGAUUUGGAAUAGGAUAUCAUUUAAACAUGGUUGUAGGUAAAGUGAGUGACAAUGAAAGUAUCACAGAUCUUGUGUGUAAAAAUGUUGAUGGUGCCAGACAUAGGAGAACUCAUGGAAAGGAAUUAGCUUAUACUUUACCAUUGGAGGAAGUUGGGAGCUUUAAGAAUCUUUUUGCUGCCUUGGAAUCUAAAAGUACUGAUGUAUCAACGUUGGCAGAAUCUAUGGGAAUAAAAAGUUAUGGUGUUUCUAUGACAACACUGGAAGAAGUUUUCUUGGCACUAGAGGAAGAUGACCAGUCCAUGGAUAUUAAAGAUGUGUUGAAACUGGGUCAUCAUCAUGCUGCUAGUGCAGACACACUUGAUAACAACCAGGAUGCCGAACCAACCAGCAAAAGUACAGUCAACAUACUUGAGGCCUUUGAAAAUUCACCACUCAUCAAAGAACAAGAUAAUUUAAAAACGCAGCAAUUUUGGGCCCUGAGCAAAAUUCGCCUGAUUCGAAGUUGGAAAGACAAGGCUUUAUUAUUUGUUAAUUUGUUUCUUCCUGUGGUAUUUGUGGUAAUAGGACUAAUUGUGAGUAAAACAUCAGCUAAGAACACGGAAACAGCACCAUCACCAUUGAAUCUGACACUUGCAUCAGGAAUAUAUGCUAAUUAUACUUCCUGGCCACCGUCUGCUGCAAAUCCACCCGUGUUGAUUCGGGAUUCAUUAGGAACAACUACUGGGAAUGCUUUCCUUCAGAUUUUUAGGAGCAUGUUUGAAACAAAAACUUUUACAAACUCAUCUGAGAUUGUAGACACUACUUCAAACUUUGGAAUAGAUUUAAAGAAUCUCACUGUAGCAGCUAGUGCAAUCAGCAAUGUUGGAUACAGUAUUCUGUAUAAUAGUAAAGCUACACACAGUAUACCUUCUGUCAUACUUCUGAUGAGUAACAGUCUUCUCUCCAUGGCAACAGCCUUGGUGAAUGGAACAAGGAACACAAUAUCUGCUGCUAGUCUGCCAUUGUGGAAACCUUCAAAUAAACUAACAUACAACAACAAUGCAUUCUCAUCUGUUAUUUUGGUGGCCAUUGCUUUUGUUGUUGUGCCACCAGGUUUUGCCGUUGAUCUAGUCAAAGAUAGACAGUUUAAGAUCAGAAGUCAGUUGAGAACAGCAGGUGUACCGUUUGGUGUUUACUGGUUAUCUAACUUUUUUAUUGAUGUCUGCAAGUUCUGUAUCCCGGCAGUAUUUUGUGUAAUUCUCACAGUUGCUAUACAGGUUGACAGUUUGAAGCCAGGUGGUGCUAUUUUUUCUCUUGUUCUUCUAUUCCUGACAGUUAUACCAUCCUCAACACUGUUUGUUUACAUCUUUCAGUUUUUAUUUGACAACUUUGAGACCUGUCAAUCAUCAUUGACUGUUCUCUACUUUUUUAUAUCUUUUAUUCCAUACUUAGCUGUCAGCUUAGUUGACAUGAUUUCAGGAGAGAUUCCAGCCAGGAUCAUGCACUACAUCUUUGUUAUGCUUCUGCCACCUUACAAAGUAUUUGGAGGCAUUUAUUAUAUUGAUAGGGUGUAUCGAACAAGUUUGCUUGGAAAUGGACAGGACAUUACAUUUGAAGAAUAUUUUAAGUGGGAGUCCAACAUACUCUUACCUAUACUGUGGCCAUUUGUAGAGAUACCGUUGUAUAUUAUGUUACUGAGAAUUCUUGACGUCCGUAAAACAGGAGGUGAAAUUCAAGAUGCAUUACCGUGUAUCAGUAAAAAAAAUAGUAACGAGGUGGAUACAGAAAAUUCGGACAUUAUAGAAGAUGAAGAUGAAGAUGUUGCAGAGGAAAGACAAAGGGUUAAAGCUUUACAGACAAGAGAAAUGAGCCAGUACCCUGUGGUAAUGGUAGAAAAUUUAAGAAAAGAAUUUGCAAAAAGGGGGAAGCAGAAAAGAGAUGGAUGUAAAAAGGUCCAGGCAGAAGAAAAGGUCAAGGUGGUUGUUAGGAAUGCAUCCUUUGCUGUUGAAAGUGGUGAAGUACUGGGACUUCUUGGACCUAACGGAGCAGGAAAAACUACCACCUUGAAUAUGGUUAUUGCUGAGGUUGGACCAACGAAGGGAAAGGUCCAUGUAGGAGGGCACGAUGUAAGAUCCAGCAUGUCAGAUGCCUUUAAAGUACUUGGAUACUGUCCCCAGCAUGAUGCAUUGUGGGAUUUGGUUCAGCUUGAUGAUCAUCUUAGGGCUUAUGCUGCCAUCAGAGGCAUUCCAAAAAGAGACAUAGAAAAUGUCAUCAAUUAUUAUAUAAAAGAAUUAAAGUUAGAGGAUCAUGCAGGAAAAAUGUCAAAAAAAUUGUCUGGCGGUACAAAGAGAAAGCUAAGUUAUAUAAUCAGUAUGCUUGGUCGGCCUAAAGUGGUGCUAAUGGAUGAACCAUCUACAGGAAUGGACCCACAAUCAAAAAGAUUUCUCUGGGACACUAUUAGUUCCAGUUUCAGUGGAACAGAACGUGGUGCUAUAUUAACGACACAUUAUAUGGAAGAAGCAGAUGCCUUAUGCACAAGAGUUGCAAUCAUGGUCAAUGGAAAGCUUGAAUGUAUAGGUGCAACUCAACACUUGAAGAACAAAUAUAGUAGUGGAUAUUUAUUGGAAGUCAAACUUAGAAUAGAAGACAUCACUGACGAAGAACAAGCUCACCGAUUACAGGAGUUACAAAACUAUGUUGUGUCUCUUUUUCCAAAUGCCGUAACAUUAGAGAAAUUUGGAACUUAUGCCCAGUUCAAAGUACCGAAGACAGAUGUUCCGUCAUUAGCUAAUGUCUUUGCCUCACUUGAAGAAGGUAAGCGUCACCAUGGAAUGGAAGAGUACAGUUUCAGUCAGUCUACGUUAGAACAGGUGUUUAUAGAAUUUGCUAAAAGGCAGUUAGAUGAACAUGCUGGUGAUCAUGAUGAGGAUGAUAAGAAAGAUCAUAAAAGAACAUCCUCUCUUGUUAUUUGAUAAUAAACUGGUGCUUUAAUGUCUACACUGUGUUAUGGCCUUUUACUGUGGCCAUUUGUUUGCUCUGUGUGAUAAAUUAAAAAAACUUGAAAAAAAAAUUCAAUGCUAAAAUAAAUAUUGUAAUGAUAUGUUUACUCCUAAUGAACCUGGUGUCAUUUGGACCACAUUGGAUUCCAAGAUACGUAAAAUUGUUCCAGAUGGUACUUUGUAUAUUUCUAUAAUUUAAGAACUUAUUGUGAUAAUUAUUGUUAAAUGAGGCAGGAGUCAGUAUAUAUUGUGAUCUUUUUUUCUCUUUGUUCAUACAUCUAGUCAUUCAUUUGUUCUGUCCAUCCACAUGUUGUACCCAAUUAAGUAACAUCGAAUUAAAUUUUUCUUGUCAACCCCAAAAAAUUGUUUUUCUAAUGAGAAUAUUUUUAGGGUUUUCCAUUACAAAACAUGGCAAUUGUCUUUAUAAUUUAUGUGGGUGUAUGUCUUUUUUAGCAUGACUGCACUUGAGAAUGGUGUAAAUAAUAAAUAUUUAAAUAUAAAAGUUGAUCAACAAUGUAAAGUGAUUGGUUAUGUUUAUAUUUUUUAACUUUAAUUAUUAUUGAUUUUUUAAAAUAUUUGAAAGUUAUUUUCAAUGUGGCAAGCUAAUUAUUUCCUAUCAAAUUAUGCUAUGCCAUAAUGCAUCAUUCAUAUAUAUUUUUUAAACAGUAACAUAUCAUUGUAAUCUGCCUGACUCUACUAUCAAGCACUGAGCCAGGAUCACACGCUUUUUAUUUAUUAGCUAUUUCCACAGUUUAUUUACUGUAUACCUAUAUAUAGGUUACUGGUUAACAGUGAGCCAGGAUCUCAAACUGUUUAUUUCCACAGUUUAUUUACUGUAUACCUAUAGGUUACUGGUAAGCAGUGAGCCUGGAUCUCACACUGUUUAUUUGUUACCAAUCUCCUCAGUUUUCUACCAGGUUAUUGUUGUAUAUGUCUUUCAUCACAGAAGUACAUACUUUUUUGGUUUGAUUAAUGUACCGGUAGUGUUUUAUUUAAUUUUGGAAACAAAUGAUAAAAUGGAGCCAUAAUUCCUGCUAUUGAUUUGAAUUAUGUUCAUUUUAAACUCCAAAUCAUUGUUGUUCUUGCCUCCUCGUCCUGGUUCUAAGGUUAAAACUAACAUGACUUGUCUCUGGAUGUUAACCUUUUUAUACGCCCGUUUACGGGACGUAUUAUGGUAUACCGUUGUCCGUCCCGUCCGUCUGUCCGUCCGUCCGUCGUCAACAUGUUGGACAAUAACUCAAAAACACUUUAACCAAUUCGCAUGAAACUUUAAUGAAAUGUUUAUAUCUAUUGACCUGAGCUCCCUUUCGUUUUUUAUAAAUUUUAGAUUUUCAGUUUCCUAGUAUUGGGUUUUUUUUCAAUUAAAAAAGGGGGAUUUUCCAGUUUUCGGACAUUAACUCAAAAACACUUUAACCAAUAUGCAUGAAACUUUGGUGAAUUGUUUAUAUCUAUUGAAGUGAGCUCACUUUCAUUUUUUAUAAAUUUUGGAUUAACCGUUCUGAGUUUCUGGGUUUUAUUCAUUAAAAAAGGGGGGAUUUUCCAGUUUUCGGACAAUAACUCAAAAACAAUUUCACCAAUUUGCAAGAAACUUUGGUGAAUUGUUUAUUACUAUCGACAUGAGCUCCCUUUUGAUUUUUAUAAAUUUUAGACUAUACGUUUACGAUUUAUGGGGUUUUAUUCAUUACAAAAAAGGGAUUUUCCAGUUUUUCGGACAAGAACUCAAAAUUGCUUUCAGCAUUUUUGAUGAAACUUUGGUAAAUUGUUUAUAUCUAUUGUUGUAAGCUCCCUUUUGAUUUUUAUAAAUUUUAGAUUUUACGUUUCCGAGUUAUAAGAUUUUAUUUAUAAAAAAAGGGGUGAUUUUCAAGUUUUUGGACAAUAUCCUUAAAGUGCUUAGAGCAGUUAUCAUUAAACUUUGAUGACUGAUUUAUAUCUAUUAAGAUAACCUCCCUUUAGUUUUUUUUAUAAAUUUCUGAUAUAAAAUUGAGAAUAUUAUAAUAUGUCAAGUAUUUAAUUACAAUCCAAAUUCAGAAACCUAAAAUGUGUCAAGUAUUUAAUUACAAUCCAAAUUCAGACCUGUAUCAAGCUUGAAUAUUGUGUCCAUUUUUGCCCCAACUUUUCAGGGUUGAACCUCUGCGGGCGUAUCCAGCUGCGCUCAGCGAAGCAGUUUAUUUCUUAUGGCACAGUCAGAUACUUGUUAAGGUGAAGAUUAGGUUCAGGGUUAAUUAAAUUUUGAAUCCCUCUAUACCUGCUAUGAAUUCACCUUCAAUGUGUGCUGUCCUUUUGUAUGUCUCUCUCCUUUGUGGUGCUAGAAAUGUUCUCAUGUCCAUUGGAAUGAUCAGUAUGUCCAUCUGUCUCAGCAUUUCUUCUAUUUCCUUUAGGUAUCUGUAUCUUUGACAAUUUAGUGAACAAACUAUAUCAUUGUGACCUUUAAUUGCCAAAGAACACAGUCAAUUUUUAUUACUAAAUAAAAAUGGUAAACUUUUCUUACCAAAGAAACACACAAAAAAUGUAAAGCCCAGAAUCAUUCUUUUUUCCUUGUCCUAAGAAUUUUUGCUGUCUCUAGAUUUUUUAUAUGGGAAGAAAUAAGUGUCUACAUUUUUUUAUUUAGGAAAAUGAUUUAUGUUUCGAGAUUUUUCACAUGGGAAGAAAUUGGUGUCUCUACAAUUUUCACAUGGGAAGAAAUUGGUGUCUUUACAAUUUUCACAUGGGAAGAAAUUGGUGUCUCUACAAUUUUCACAUGGGAAGAAAAAUUCUAAAAGUAUGAAAUGUAUUAGAAAUAAGGAGAAUUUUAAAACACUUUAUAAUAAUCAUAAUGUAAAUUAUGGAGUAAUAUUACAGUUAUUGUGUGAAAUGUUUUAUGCAAAGUUUAGGAAAAUUGAGAGGCGUUACAAAAUGUGGAGAAAAUUGUUUAAAUUUUUUCAUGUAGGGUCUUUUAAACCUGUCUUUACGGUAUGGGAUAUACAUUGUUGAAGGUCAUGCUGUGACUCAUAGUUGUAUACAUCUACAUCAUUUGGACUCUUGUGGAUAGUUGUCUCAUUGGCAAUCAUACCACAUCUCCUUAUUUUUAUAUCUUGCUCAAAAAAUGAAAACAACACGUUAUAAAUUUCAUACAUCCCAAGCGCUUUGAAAUCAUAGCAGUAAGUUUUGGACCCAUCUUCAUAUCUAUUUUAUGAACAUGUUUUUUAAUUUAACCAAGGUACCUUAUAUAUUGUGGAUUCAUUUAUUCUAGUCCGUACCAAUUUUCCUGGAUUAAGGAAGAAUUGUACUUUUGUGGAUACUUCAUUUUGUGGUUUUGCAAGAGUCUUAUGCAAGCCUAAAAAAAUGUGUACUUCCUUGAACAUUAAGUUGUGGUCCAUUUGUACCCAUGAAAUCAAUGAAAAUUGAUAUCUCAUGAAUAAUGUGGAAUCCACAUUGAAAAAAUAAUAAUUUCUUUACCCAAAUUUAAAAAUAAACACAAAUUUUUAGGUAAGAAUGAAGAUUAAGAUGUAAGGCAUCAAAAUUAAUAUGAAGAGAGAAUUUAUGUUCUGAAAGUAAAAAAGUACAGAAAGUUUGAUUCUGGUAGUACAAAAAUGUAGCUAGCAUAGAAUGUAAUGGCAAGGAUUUCAGUCAACUGUAUAUUAUGUUAUAUUUAUUCGGGUCUGUAAUCAUAUUUUGAACCGGUAUUUAUUAUUGUUAUAGUUAUUCUUGAUAGCUACAAAUUUUUACAUAUGUAUGUAUUUGAGAUGAAUAUUAUUUGGUGUCAACUUG